UUUCUGCAGCAAACAAGAUGUCUGCGCCCAUGAAAAAUGUCGGCAGAGGGUUAAUUCGAAGAUUUAUGAGUUUUAGGCGAUGUUCUGUGCUGAAACCUGGUUUGACAUAUGCUCGUUACUCAACGAUAAAGUCAUCUGUGUCAGAUAUCUUAAAAGCAUCCAUUGAAAACCUAGAAAAGCCAACAAUUACGCAGGGUUGGGUAAAAUCUAUCCGAAAUUACAAGGAAAUAAUAUUUCUACAUAUAACUGAUGGUACAACAUAUGAACCACUACAGAUUGUAAUUGACAGAAAUAAGAUAAAUGACAUCGAUGUUACCUAUGGCUGUUGUGUCAGUGUCAAGGGCCAAGCUGUCAAAAGUCAGGGCAAAAAUCAAAAUGUGGAAUUUUUAGCAGAGUCCAUGGAUGUCAUAGGACCAUGUGACCCAAUAGAAUUUCCAUUUAAACAACGAAAACAUCAUACAUUAGAAUAUGAAAGGGGUUUUCCCCAUCUACGAGCUAAAACCAAGUCUCACAGUUCACUCUUACGUGUACGAAAUCAAGCAACAAUGGCUAUACAUAAAUAUUUCCAGGAGAAUGGUUAUUGUUUUAUACAUACACCUAUCUUAACAACUAAUGAUUGUGAAGGAGCAGGAGAAACAUUUCAAAUUGAGCCAGUGAAAGAUUUAGCUGAUGGAAAAGAAAAUGCAGAUGGAGAGACAUAUAAGAAUUUUUUUGGUGAACCAACAUUUCUAACUGUAUCUGGUCAACUCCAUCUAGAAGUUAUAACAGGGGCAUUUCAAAAAGUUUAUAAUUUUGGGCCCACAUUUCGAGCUGAUCGAUCUAAAACUCGUCAUCAUUUAUCUGAAUUUUACAUGGUAGAAGCUGAGCUUAGUUUCCUUGACAACCUGGAUGAAUUAAUGAAUGUAAUGGAAGAUUUAGUGAAGACAGUAACAAGAUAUAUAACGCAACAUUCAGAAGAAGAUAUCAAUUAUUUACAAGAUAAAAAACAUCAGGCAAUAAUAGAAAAGAUGUUAAAUUGUGAUUUUGAAAGAAUUUCUUAUACCGAAGCUAUCAAAAUUCUGCUGAACGAUACUGACCAAUUCACAGCCAAAUUAAAGUGGGGCGAUGAUCUUUCAAAAGAACAUGAAAAGUUUUUAACAAAAGAAGUAGAAAAACCAGUUUUUAUCACCGAUUUCCCGGCUGUGUUAAAACCUUUUUAUGCUAGACGGAAUGAGGAUGAUAAUACAGUGGCAGCUGUGGAUCUGUUAGUACCAGAAGUAGGAGAGUUGAUUGGUGGAAGUGUAAGGGAAGAGAGGUUAAAGGUCAUGGAAGAUAAACUCCAAUCUUUAAAUCUAUUGGAUACUUACCAAUGGUAUUUAGAUUUACGACGAUAUGGUACAUCACCACAUGGUGGAUUUGGUUUAGGAUUUGAGAGAUAUUUACAAUUUUUAUUAGGAAUAUCCAAUAUAAAAGACAUUAUACCUUUCCCUAGAUCAAUCGGCAACUGUAAAUUAUAGAUUAAAAUAUUUAAUAUCUUUUAGUUAUUGUACGUUGCAUUAACAGACAAAGGGGUGUGCAACUCCUGAAAACAGAGGUUAAAGUUGCCAUAAUACCUGUGUAUACCUGGCUUGCACGUAAAAGAACCCUUGACAGUGAAUUUGAUGAAGUGGCUGCGGAAAUGUUGCUGUCCAGAUGAAAUUAUCUUCCCUUGUGUUGAUCUCAAAAUGCUUGAAGUAUUGUGUUAACAAGACAUUAAACUCUAUUCCUUUCCACUGUGGCACACUAACUAGAAGAUCCCUCUGUCAAUAUUUCCCUCAUGGUGCACAUAAAAGAUCCCUUGGUAUUUUGAAUUUUGUAUUAGAGUAGGUCCUAGUGCCGCUGUCUGGGCAAAAUUUCCCUCAUGGCACACUAUAUGGAGUAAGCCUAUCUUCAUUAGCCCAUUCGGUGCUGAAAAGUAGGAUGUUAAACCCCAUUUCAUUUUAAAGGGGGAAAUGAUAUAAACACCAUGUCAAUAAAUGAUUUUAGUUGUUUGACUCCUUCAUAUUUAAUUGAACAGAACCUCAUUAACUUAAUUAACAGUAAAAUGUGGAAAUGGAUAGGCUAUGUCUGAGGUUUUAUGAUAAUGUCUUAAUUUAAACACAUACACUGAUGAAAUUGACACCAAUCAAUCAUAAUGAUUAAAGGAAAUCAAACAC